GGCUGCGGGUGAGGCGCGGGCGCGCGAGCGGGAGUUCCGGCGGAGGCCCGUGCUGAGUGCUGGCGCCUUCGCCAUGGCCUCGUCUGAGCUGGACUACACCAUCGAGAUCCCGGAUCAGCCCUGCUGGAGCCAGGAGAACAGCCCCAACCAAGGCGGGAAGGAGGUGGGGACACGACAGCCUUUGGUGAUUCUCUUGGGCUGGGGUGGCUGCACCGACAAGAACCUUGCCAAGUACAGCGCCAUCUACCACAAAAGGGGCUGCAUCGUGAUCCGAUACACAGCCCCAUGGCACAUGGUCUUCUUCUCCGAGUCCCUGGGCAUCCCUUCACUUCGUGUUUUGGCCCAGAAGCUACUUGAGCUACUCUUUGAUUACGAGAUUGAGAAGGAGCCCCUGCUCUUCCAUGUCUUCAGCAAUGCUGGUGUCAUGCUGUACCGAUACGUGCUGGAGCUCCUGCAGACCCAUCGGCGCUUCUGCCACCUGCGUGUGGUGGGCACCAUCUUUGACAGCGGUCCUGGUGAUAGCAACCUGGUGGGGGCUCUGCGGGCCCUGGCAGCCAUCCUGGAGCACCGGCCUGCUGUGCUGCGCCUGCUGCUCCUGGUGGCCUUCGCCCUGGUGGCAAUCCUGUUCCAUGUCCUGCUCGCUCCACUCACUGCCCUCUUCCACACCCACUUCUAUGACAGGCUACUCGAUGCAGCCUCUCGCUGGCCUGAGCUCUACCUCUACUCGAGGGCCGACGAGGUGGUCCUGGCCAGGGAUGUGGAACGCAUGGUGGAGGCACGCUUGGCACACCGGGUCCUGGUGCGCUCUGUGGACUUUGUGUCAUCUGCACAUGUCAGCCACCUCCGCGACUACCCUGCUUACUACACAAGCCUCUGUGUCAACUUCAUGCGCAGCUGUGUCCACUGCUGAGCUCCUUCCCCACCCAACACCCACCCAACUUACCCCUACUCCAGAAAUAAAUGCCUGACACCUCCCCACAACCUA